AUUCCUCACUGCUUGAGCUUUAAAAAUAUGCUGGAGUGAUUAUGCCUCACUCCUGUUUCAGUAUAACCAGUAUCAAACUCAGAUGGGCUUAAAAGUAGGUUCAGGAACUCUUUUCUUCCAGAACUCUUAGUUGGUGUGCUUGGGAGGCCUGGCCUUGCCCUGGCAGAACUCCUGCUAAGGCCAAAGAACAGUGAGCUGCCACUAUCACCUGCAGCUGUUUGUGAAGCAGCCUGGCCCACUGACAGGUGCCUGAAGGCAGGCAGAGGGAUGUAGCAGCAAUCUGAGCUGGUACUACAAUAGGCAGUGAAGAAGAGCAUGAGGAAAUGCGGGGUGUGUGGAUUCAAAUACAGCUGUGGUAUGGCAGCACGUAUAGGAAUAGGUUUGGCUCAGAGGAGGAAAACAGCAAUCGGUGAAAGAGGAGAGGGAACAGUUCUCAGUCUCAGCCCUUUGGAGCCCCUCGGACCCAAGUUGUGGCUUUCGGCCUCGGUCAUCGCUGCGCCCGCGGGGCCGACUGGCAGCACGCCGGGCGAGGCGGGCUGGUUGCUGGGCAGCUUCUGCUCGCCUCCACCGCGUCCCCACUCGCCCGAUCGUCUUCUCCGCUUCUCUUCCCCAGCCGGCAGCGCCAAAGACGACUAGAAGGAUGGCCACCUUCCGCCGAUAGCCGUCGCCAUGAGCCAACCGCCCGCAGGGGGCGCCGCCGCCGAGCCUCGCCUCCAUCCCGAGGGCAGCAGCGGCAGGAAGCAGCAGCGAGCCUCCUCCCCGGCCAGAGCCCGCGACGCCGCCGCGCGGCCGCCGCCCGCCGCGGCCGCCGCCGCCGCCGCCUCCCGCGCCCCGCCCGCCGCCGCCUCCGCCCUGAAGACCGGGACCGCGCGGCCGCCGCCGGGCCAGUCCACCAGGGCCGCGCGCGGUCGCGCCGCCGAGAAACAGCCGCGGAGUGCGGCCUCGCCGGGAGCUGUCCAUCCCGGCGCCGGUGCUGAAGCGCCGCUCGCUGCCGGCGGGAGGGCCGCGGCCGAAGAGCCCGCCGAGGAGGCGCCCCCUGCGGGAAGCGGCGGGGGGGAGCGCGAGGGGGCGGUGGCGCCGCCGCCCAGGCAGUGGCGGGGGAAAGCGGGGCGGGCUCCGCCGAAGGGCGCGGGGGAGGCGGCCCCCGCGCCUCCAUCUUCCGCGGUCGCGGGGAAGGGCCGCGGGGCGGCGGGCGGCGGCGGGUACUGGAAGGAGGGAUGCCUGCAGAGUGAGCUCAUCCAGUUCCACCUCAGGAAGGGGCUGGCGGCGGCCGCUCAGAUGCAAACCAAGGGCAACAACCACAGCGCCGGUGCUGCCGCCGCCGCCGCCGCCUCCGCGGCCGCCGCCUCGGCCGAGCCUCCCUCGGCAGCCCCCGCCUCCUCGCCCUCUGCCAUGGCGGCGGCCGGGGCCGAGGGGCUGCGGCAGGGCGAGGCGGGCUGCAGAAACGGCACACCCGAGGGUUCACUGAGCCCGCAGCCGCAGGACGAGAUGCAAGAGGAAAUGGAGAAGCUGCGGGAGGAGAACGAGAGCCUCAAGAACGAGAUAGAUGAGCUGAGGACUGAGAUGGAUGAGAUGAGGGACAGCUUCUUCGAGGAGGAUGCUUGUCAGCUUCAAGAAAUGCGCCACGAGCUGGAGAGAGCCAACAAGAACUGCCGGAUCCUCCAGUACCGGCUGCGCAAGGCCGAGCGCAAGAGGCUCCGCUACGCACAGACUGGUGAGAUCGACGGUGAGCUGCUGCGCAGCAUGGAGCAGGACCUCAAGGUUGCAAAAGAUGUAUCAGUGAGACUUCAUCAUGAGUUAGAGAAUGUAGAAGAAAAGCGUACUGUAACAGAAGAUGAAAAUGAAAAAUUAAGACAGCAGCUUAUAGAAGUUGAAACUGCAAAACAGGCACUGCAGAAUGAACUGGAAAAAAUGAAAGAGCAGUCAUUGAAAAGAAGAGGGAGCAAAGACCUACAAAAAUCAGAGAAAAAGUCACAGCAAACACCAACAGAGGAGGACAACGAAGACUUGAAAUGCCAGCUGCAGUUUGUCAAAGAAGAAGCAGCUUUGAUGAGGAAGAAAAUGGCUAAGAUUGAUAAGGAGAAGGACAGAUUUGAACACGAGCUGCAAAAAUAUAGAUCAUUUUAUGGUGAUUUAGACAGCCCUUUGCCAAAAGGUGAAGCAGGCGGUCCACCUACCACAAGGGAAGCUGAACUCAAGCUUCGGUUGAGACUUGUGGAAGAGGAAGCUAACAUUCUUGGGAGAAAAAUAGUGGAGCUAGAAGUAGAAAAUAGAGGAUUAAAAGCAGAGCUAGAUGACUUAAGAGGAGAUGAUUUCUCAGGGGCCACCAAUCCACUCCUGGGAGAACAGAGUGAAUCCUUGUCAGAAUUAAGACAGCAUUUGCAGCUAGUAGAAGAUGAGACAGAAUUGCUGAGGAGAAAUGUAGCUGACUUGGAAGAACAAAACAAACGCAUAACGGCUGAGCUGAACAAAUACAAAUACAAGUCCGGAGCCCACGAGAGCUCUAGGCACCACGAUAAUGCCAAGACUGAAGCACUGCAGGAGGAGCUAAAAGCUGCACGAAUGCAGAUCAAUGAGCUGAGUGGCAAAGUCAUGCAACUCCAGUAUGAGAAUAGAGUGCUUAUGUCCAACAUGCAACGCUAUGAUUUAGCCUCUCAUCUUGGGAUCCGUGGCAGCCCCAGAGACAGUGAUGCAGAAAGUGAUGCAGGAAAAAAGGAGAGCGAUGAUGAUUCCCGUCCCCCUCACCGCAAAAGGGAAGGGCCCAUCGGUGGGGAAAGUGACUCAGAAGAGGUGAGAAAUAUUCGGUGCCUGACACCCACGAGAUCUUUUUAUCCAACACCAUCUGGGUGGCAGAAAAGCUUCACUGACAGGCAGCAGAUGAAGGACAUUCGCUGUGAAGCUGAGCGACUGGGCAAGACAAUAGAUCGCUUGAUUUCCGACACAAGCACCAUCAUAACAGAGGCAAGAAUUUAUGUAGCUAAUGGGGACCUGUUUGGACUGAUGGAUGAGGAAGAUGAUGGCAGCAGGAUACGCGAGCAUGAGCUCCUUUACAGGAUCAAUGCGCAGAUGAAGGCGUUCAGGAAAGAACUCCAGACUUUCAUCGACAGACUCGAAGUUCCGAAGUCUUCGGAUGAUCGGAGUGCGGACGAACCUUUGUCAGUGAGUCAGGUAGACUUUUACUUAUUAUGGCCUACAGGUAAAAAACCUUGGCCAAAAGAAUUAAGACUAAAAUUUGAUGUAUGGCACCUUAAAAUUCUUAAACUAGAAUUUGGACAAAAAUUUCUGUUAAAUUAUUUUAAAUCCUUAUUUGGCUAUAUGCAAAUUUGUUCUACCAUGGGACCUAUUUGUAAAUGGUGAACAAAUGAUCUCUAUGAAAAUGAAAGAAUUAUAGUAUAGAUACAAUUCUUGUAGGAGCUGGAAGACUUUCCUCCUUCUGGCUUUGCAACUGUAGUCGCCAGAGUUAAUGGCAAUCAAGCUGCAGUGAUUACCAGUAAAGACAAUGCAGAUAGCAUUUUUAGCACAUUAAUGAACGUGUUUUUUUUCAUAGUCGUUGGGUUCUUGUUAAAUGAAUAAAAAAAAAUCUUAUUAAUUUUAAACUUAGAAAAUAUUCAAUUUCUAAAAUUACAAAGAAUAUAGUGAACCACAGAAAAAAAAAAAAAACCAUGAAAAAUCUACAUGGACUGCGUGGUGAUGAAUACUGGUACUAUUGGAAUUGCUGUAACUGGUUGUAUCUUUCACUGAAAGGUUAUGGGUCACUGCUUACACGCAACGGUGACUAGCAUCUUUUCUGCAGUUCUUUUUUAUUCUUCUCUUAUCC